AUGCGCAAAUGGAUGCUGACAUGGAACCUUCCAAAUCUGUUCUCGGGACUCUACCUGCACGCAAUCUUCCUGCUGGGCAGCGUGUGUGUGGUCUACAGUGACUGCACUCCGGCUCAACUCGCUGCCAUCAUGAACUGCUCAAGACACGAGCGUCACACAAGGAAUUACGACUACAUGGAGGGAGGAGAUGUGCGGAUCCGACAGCUGUUCAGUCGCACCCAGUGGUUCCUGACCAUUGAUGAAGAAGGCAACAUCAACGGCACUCAGGAUCCAACUAACUGUUACAGCAUCCUAGAAAUCAGGACCGUGUCUGAGGGGGGCAUACUGGCCAUCAAAGGCAUCAAGAGCCAGCAUUACAUCUCCAUGAACAAAGGUGGACAGCUGCAAGGAAAGAGGACCUACAACGAAAACUGCAACUUCAAAGAGGUUUUCCUAGAAAACUACUUCAAUGCUUACUCCUCAACAAAAUGGACUAAAAAUGGCAGAGAAAUGUUCAUAGCGCUGUCUCAGAAAGGACGGCCCUUGCGAGGGAAAAGGACGAGGCGGGAGCAUGUCGCCUCGCACUUCAUCCCCAUGAAAUGCAGGGAGGAGGAGAGGAGAACGGACUGA